AUGCCCCAAUGGAGACCGAAGGAACGCAAGAACAGAGGAGACGAACUCGUGGGCCAUCUAGAUGCAUUUUCUUUGACAAGCUAAGGAAGAACGGGAAAGUGCAGUUGAAGAUAAACGAUGGUGAGACAGCCCCAUGUUGUGAACACGCUUCUAUGUUCACAACACGAGUAUCGUGGAUUGUGAAACAAUACUGUGACAUGAGUUACAAGCGUUGGUCGGAUGUCCCACCAGCGAUUAAAGAGGAGCUCAUUGACCGUGUUCGGAGUGACUUUGUGUUGGACUGGGAUCGCGAAAACCACCGAUUGAGCGUGACAAAGGCCUUACGUAAGCGCUUCAACUCCUUCCACCAUGACUUGCACAAGAUUUAUGAAUCCUAUGGAAGCCACGCAGAAGCAUUGGCUAAUGGAACUAGUCUGGUGGACCCCAUUGUAUGGGUGAAGUUGUGUGAAAGGUGGGGCAGCGAUGCCUUCAAGAAAAUUUCAGCUCAAAAUCGGGAGAACCGAAACAAGCAGGCCAUUAAUCACACAUCAGGACGUAAAUCAUUCGUCCGAUUACUUGAGCAAAAGCGCAAUGAGAAUGAGAAUUUGGUCGACUUCUACAAAGAGACGCGUUGGUCGAAGAAAAAGAAUGCAUUUGUCACAGAUGCUACAGAAAGUACUUAUAAGGAGAUGCAAGGUAGGUUGGAUGGCCUAGGACCAGAGCAACGUAGUGAUGAGGCAGCAGCGACUAUCUUUAGGGAGGUUCUUGGCCAUCGACCUGGAUAUGCACGGGGACUUGGGGAAAUGGUCAUCCCCGAGUCAAGUAGACAACGUGACAAAGUUCAAAUGCAACAAUACAUGUCUGAGGCUGAAAAGCACAAGAAAGAUGCUGAACAAUAUAAGAAGGAUGCUGAGCAAUAUAAGAAGGAUGCUGAAGCUUACAAGAGUCAGCUGGAUGAAAUGAGGACAGAGAUGCAGGAGCUGAGGGAGCAUCAGAUAGAAAAUGACAAAGUGAUGCAGUCUUUCUUUAGGGCUUUCCCAUCGUUCACUGAGUCAGUUCGACAGACUCAGUGUAACGAUUCCCCCGGCCCAUAAGGGGCUUCUCAUAAAAGGGCACAUUUUUUGGGUGGUUUUUUGUGACACCGGGGAGGCAUGAGGAGUCAAGGGUGUCGACGUGUUUUCCAUUUGGGUGGUUUUUGUACUUACUCUAUACGACACUGG